UGCGCAUCAGAUGCAAACAACGUAAGAAUAUCAUCUUUCAAUAGUGAGAGAUUCUGCAUGGGAUCGAUCGGACAUGUGCUGCGGGUGAUAGCAGCCCUUUGACCUCUUUCUUCCCCCCAGCGCACCUCCGCUUGGCCCAUCCAUCACUUCUCCAUAACCCAUGUAUUUUCCAACAUCGCAUCCAUCAUCGAGGAUCGGCCUCCUAAUCAUCACCCUUUGUUGGGUGCCAUAAGUCGCCAUACAUGUCCUCCCCCGUUAAAAGCCCAGUGCAAUCACCUUCCCCAGACCUAGAAUCCUCCAGCGUCUUUCCGCGGGUUAGACAGGUAUCCUCAUCCACCUUUCUUCCCUACCGUCAUUCGAAUCCGUCGCUGUCCUCUCUAUUCGCUUCCACCUCUUCCCUCCCGACCUCGCAUCCCAGCUCGGGUUCGGCUACACCCACUCCUUCUGUCAUCGCUGGCGCCUCAACGACUACGGGAAGUCACAAUGGCUCCGAUCAAACAGCUCCCACGUCUUCGGGACGGAGAGGCGAGCCAAGAGAUCUCAUUCUCCGAGCCUUCGUACCGCACGUUGGGGUACUUGCAUCCGAAGAUACCGAAGAGAUGAUGCGGGAAAAGGGGUUUGUAGAAGGCUUCCUCGAACUCAUUCGACCAUUCGGAGAAAAGGUCCCGGGGAAAGUGGUGAUACGGGAUAGUAUUGGAUCAAGCAGGAGUUGGGAAGAAUAUGGACUCCGGUUUACUGGUCUGAGGGACGGACUAGGGGCACCAAAGCCACCGAUACGACGAAGUCUGGAGGCAACUAUGGACCCGAUCAAUGGUUCACCUGAGACCAUUCGACCAAUGCUGUCGUACGCAAGGGUGGGCGGCGACAUUUCGCAAGUGGAAGACCUUGUCGACCGACAUCUCGCAUUCGCAGAGUCGCGAACGGAACCGGACGAUCAACCCGAGGACUAUCCAGACCCGAAGUCUCCAUUUUCCGACACCAUCUCUCCCUUCUAUACUCUCUACCUACGCCGACUCCUAUCCGCAUUUCCGAUGACUCCACAUGAAACCUUUGCACAUCCUGUUGCAUGUGUAAUCGCCAUUAGCUCGCGAAUCCCGAACCCGAUCGAUGAGCUUCGUCGACUAUACGACAGUACGAAUACGGGGGAGCGGAGACUGCCGCCGUGGGUGAAUAACGACUAUCUUCGAUAUUACGUCCUGGUUCACGAUGACGAUCAUGACGAUAUCACGAAGUCCAUGGCACUAUACGAGCAAAUGAAACGAAAAUUCGGGUUACAUUGCCACCUCCUUCGCUUGAGGAGUAGUCAGUGUGUCCCCUCGGAUGAUGACAGUUUGAGGCUGCCAGCAAGCGAAUGGGUAUCAGCAAGUGAAGAACUAGCCGAAAUCCAGCGAAGAGAAGCGAUAUACGAAGGCGAGGAUUCAACCCCUUGCAUUUUCGAAUCGGACGCGACCGCCAUUCGCACGUUUGUUCGUGAACUUGCCACGCAAUCCAUUAUUCCCUCCAUGGAACGACUUUCUGCCCUAUGGAACGAACAAGUCGUUUCCCGCCGUCGAGGUCUUUCCGGUCGUUUUAUGUCCCUUUCCAAACGUUGGGCCCCCUUCGGCUCUUCCCGAACAUCCUCCAAUCCCAUCGGAUCCCUUGGCAGCACGAAUUCGAAUUCGAAUUACGAUGGUUUGCAGGGCUUUUAUCGACCGGACUCUCCGGAAGCGAUCAUGCGAAAGCUAGCCGAUUUCGCUUUUAUGCUUCGUGACUUCAAGCUUGCACAUUCCGUCUACGACUUGCUACGGCAGGACUUUUCCCACGACAAGGCUUGGAAGUAUCACGCCGGUGCCAACGAAAUGGCUGUGAUAUCGGCUCUCAUGCUCGCUAACGCAUCUACACCAAGCUCAGGGCCUGUGGCUACAGCGUCAACGUCCUCACUCAGCACCUCGAGCACCAGUUCCAAAUUUCGCUUGGAAACGAUCGAUAAUCUCCUCGAUACCGCCUCAUACUCCUACAUCACUCGCUGCUCCACCCCUUAUUAUGCUCUACGAUGCCUUUGCCUCGCUCUGGAGCUUCUCAAACUUCGCGUCACCGUCAAUACAGCCGCUGCGGACAGUGCCGUCACUUGGGCAUCCAAGGCGCUUGAACUAGGCCUUGUUGGCCCCCUUGGACAUGUGCUACUAGCGGAACGCGUGGCGGCAUGCUACACAGUGCGACCAGGCCUUGGAAUGUUGCGGUACGGGUCUCGAAUGAGGAGUGCGGCGUUCUGGAACGUGCUGGCUUCGGAUCAUUGGAUACGGUUGGGGCGAUAUGCACGAGCAGACCACGCUCUCAUACAAGCGACGAAGGCAUAUGGGUCGGACGAUGUGGCGGGCAUGCAUUCGGAGUUUCCACAUAUGAAGGAAUUCGUUGACCAACUGAGAGAAGUGAUUACACAGAAUAGAGGCCCAACGGCGUUGGAUGACAAUGGGGAGGAGGAGCAAGAUGUGGAGGAAACGGAAGAACUAUUGGACAUGAAACCACAUCGGAGAAGCUUGAUGGGCCCUGUUCCGCCAAGUCCAACGAAGCUCAUUGCUGAUGGGACUACUCUUGAACCGUUGGGCGAAAAGGAGCGACCUGACCAGGACGGCUUUGGGGUCCAGGAGCUUUCAAAGUCAGACAUGCAAGAAUCCGAAUAAACUAGCUAUCAGUCAGCUCAGCACACCUCGAUCAAGAUGGAGUGAGCAAAAUUGCCAUACAUUUGGACAAUUCAUGUUCCAGGCAAUACCCAAUAUAUUCUAUCUUGUAUCCACCAGGGCACGAUGCGGAUGAACCGGACAUCGGUCGACUUAAUGAUACCCCAAGGAGGAGAUGGCAUCAAUAUAAAUGGCGACGAAGAUGGCUAAUCUGUAUAUGGAUAUUAUGUAGAGACCAAAUAGACCAUACCGUAGAGAUAUCGGAGGUAAUUAAGCGUAGAGCGCCUUAUCUUA